AAUUUUAUAAUAACUCAAAUUCAAGUAAUCCAAGUUCACAAACUGGUUAUCAAGAAUCCAUUAAUAAUUCUUUAAACCAACCAUUUGAAUUUAAUAAUAAUAAUGGUCAAACUUAUAUUAAUCAAUCUAACAAUAGAUUUAAUGACUUGUAUUAUAAUCCAAUUCAAAACUUUAAUAGUAAUAAUAGUAAUUUAAAUUAUUAUGAUUUGGAAAGCAAUACUGAUCAGAAUUUGGAAAGCAAUGGUAACGCUGAUCAUAAUUAUGAUUUGGAGAGCAAUAGCAAUGAUGACACUGAUCAUAAUUAUGAUUUGGAAAGCAAUGGCAAUGACGUCACUGAUCAUAAUUAUGAUUUGGAGAGCAAUGGCAACGACACUACUGAUCAUAAUUAUGAUAAUAAUGACAACUUAAAUUUUUAUGAUUCAGAAAAUGAAAGUGAAUCUGAUGAUUCAAAUAGUGAGCACGAAUCAGUUUCAGACAAUAUGCCAAAGACAUUUGACGGGACAAAAUUUAAUCUAAAUUGGAGUGAUGAUGAGCAUCCAUUUAGCUUCUUUAAUAAUUUUACCAAUGUAGCUAUGUUUAUAUGGAUUAUUAAACACAUAAUUUCUUAUCAGGACCUAAUACAAAUUUUACUUCAUCCUAAAUUUAAAAAAGAACAUUUGACUACCAAUUUGCAAAGUCUUAAAAAGCAAUGUGAACAACUCCCUUUAAUGAAAAUUCAGAAUCAU